AUGACAAGUGGACACGUGCGACCCGAGCCUUGGCCUCCGAUGUGGCGGGUCGUCGAGCGCGUGGUGCAACUCGGCCCACCCGAGGAUGCCGUCACCGGGACUUUGCUCUCAUCCUCCUCCUCCUCCUCGUCGUCUUCCUCCGCCGCGGCUGGUGCCAUCGCCACGAGUCAACAGCAACAACAGUUGGGUCCACCGUUGCAUAAUCACCAUCACCACUGGGCGGCUCAUCAGCAUUACCUGCCGCCACCGCCGCCGCCGCCGUUGCACCCGCUCGCGUUGCCCCCGGCCGUGGUGUCUUCGUCGUCCUCCUCGCCGGUCGCGUCCUCCUCGUCGUCGUCGACGUCGUCCUCGGCAGGGGCGGCCGGUGCGCCCUCGAGUCACGGCUACCCGCACGAGCAACAGGAGCACCAGCAGCAACAAUCAAAUGUCGUUACCCAGGAUACUAGUCCCAGUCAGCAGCAUCAUCACCAGCGUUCGAGUGUCAAGAGGCCCAUGAGCGACUCGGACUGCGACGACGUGUUUUCCGAGGAGAGCGGCAAGGAGCCGUGCAACUCCCCGGGCGGGGAUUCGUGGCAGCACACGUCGCGCAAGAGGCGCAGAGGCAUGAUCGAGAAAAAACGCCGGGAUCGGAUCAACGCGUCGCUCGGCGAGCUGCGACGGCUCGUGCCCGCGGCGGCGCGCGAUCCCCACAGCGGAAAGCUCGAAAAAGCCGAGAUCCUACAACUCACCGUCGAACACCUCAGGACGCUGAAAAACAAAGGAGUCGAGGGUUACGACAGCAGCAAACUGGCCAUGGAUUACCACGCGGUCGGUUGGGGCGAGUGCGCGGCCGAGGUUGGCCGCUACCUGGUCACGAUGGAGGGCUUCGACGAGCGUAACCCGCUGCGCUUGCGGCUGCUCUCGCACCUGCAGAGCUUUCAGCGCGCGGCUGAGCAACAACAGCCCCCGCCACCCCCAACGCAGUCCCAGCAGCACCCCCACGCGCCCCAUCAUAUCCACGGCCAGCACCACCAGAGCCCGUACCCACCGGGAACGGAGAUCGGCCCGGCCGGUCCUUUGGCCGCGCCCUGGCCCCCUGCCCAGUACUCGGCCCAGUAUCCGGCUCAGUACGGGCAACAACAGCACGGCAAACCCUACAGGCCCUGGGGCGCCGAGCUCGCCUACUGA